AUGUCUCUUAUUUUGGAGGAGUCCGUCUAUCAUUUACAGGGAAUAUGUAUGCAUCAUCCUGCUGCUCGUGCCUUUAGCAUGCCGCAAGGUGACUGUUACGGUGAGCGAUCGACUUUGGUCACCCUCGCCUUUAGGGCUCUGGUCAAAAACCUUCACCGGCACCCAUGCUGGAUGCACCACUUUCUCGCGCUCGACCGUACUGCAAACGCGUGCCUCACACAACGCAGCAUGUUUUUCAGCGUUAGAUGCCUUUCAAGCAAGCUACAGGCGAUCUCCUCCGAUGAUCCCCCGUUUAGGCAAAAUAUGGCGCCUCCUUGCUCCAGCCAGAGCUGCGUCACACUGAACAGGCAUUUUUCAGUCUCGAUGAAAGUUGAUAUCACGAUAUGGCCAUGUACACACGGCUGGCGACAUCAUGAUAUGAAACCGCAUCGCAUACGCAAGGCUACAGUCGCAGCUAGCUCCUUCUCAGAACCAAUGGCUGCUCGUGUAUUCGCACUUAUUAUUGGCGUUGACCAAUACAAGUCAAGCCGUAUCUGGAACCUCUCAUCUUGUGUCGAUGAUGCCCAGAACAUCAAACGAUGGUUGUUGAACGACCUUCAUGUUCCACGCGACCAGAUUUGUAUCCUUCUCGAUGACAAGGCAACAAAACGUGCCAUCGAAGACUGCUUCAUGUCUCACCUUGUUAGCAAUGCUGCUAUCGAGCCGGGGGAUGCGAUACUUGUCUACUUCGCCGGCCAUGGCAGCCGGCUACUGGCACCCGAAGGGUGGUACAACGCCAGCUGCGCGCGUGUGGAGAUGCUGUGCCCUCAUGAUCACGACACGAGGAGCUGGGAAGGGAGGGUAUCGGGUAUCACUGACUGGUCUAUGCACGCCAUGAUGCAGGAGCUCUGCAGCGUCAAGGGCGAUAACAUCACUCUCAUUCUGGACUGCUGCUUCUCUCCCACUCCCUCCCGCAUGAACAUUCGAAGCAGGCGCUGCACGCGAUGGACUCCUACUGUCAAAGUCACCUCGGAUGAUCUCUAUGCCGGUCUCUGGCGGGGUGCUCUAGGCUCUAACGUCAAUACCAAUGGCCAGGGAUUCUGUCAGCGCACUGCUCCCACGCACAUUACUCUUUUGGCAUGUGGUGCCGGUGAACGGGCUAUGGAAGACAAAGAGGGAGGGAAAUUUACAGGUGCUCUACUCGAGGCGAUGGGGAAAGCGCCCAUACACUACGAAUCGCAGCACGCAAUCUGUGCUGGACAGAACUACGAGCGAACCCUAUCGGGCAUCGAGGCAGGAUGGGCCCGUAUCACCAAAUGGAAUAAUCGACCACCCUUCCGCAUCCAUUUGAAGAAGACUUGUUCAUCGUUCAUGCAGUGGUGGAAUCUCCGCCGGAAGUUGCCGUCAAAAAUGGAGCAGAUGGUGUCGACCGGAGGGCUCAACAUCGUUCGUGUGAAGAAAGCGUCGCAUGCGGACGUUUCGCUACAGAGACUCGAGAAGCACAUCGUUGUCGAACACCACGAUCCACUCAUUGCCGCAAAUUGUCCUCGGAUAGUUCAUAUCCCUGUCAACGACAUGGCCCUUGACACUGACAUCAUUGACGCAGCCGCACGCUUCCAUCUUCAGCUUCACAGGAAAAACUCUCACGGACUGUUAUGCGACAAAUUGUCUAUGAGCCUAUAUCGUCUGGAUGGUGACGAAUGGUCAAAAGCUGGCGACAAUCUCUUGAUCGAAGGUCGUGCCAACCUCUCCGUGGAAAAAGGCACCAUAUACUCUGUCGUUUUGGAGAACCAGUCCAACAUCGACCUAUGGCCUUAUCUCUUUUGGAUGGACGCGAGCGGUUAUAUUAUCAGCUCAGUCUAUCAACCCGACCCCUCGAUUGCCUCUGCGCCGCUUGCCAAAAGGUCACACUUGCAAAUUGGCACAGGAUUCACAGGGUCUGAGGCGCUCUCAUUCAAUCUCCUCGACAAUGAUGAAUACAGCUCAGGCUUCUUGAAGCUGUUCGUCUCGACGAAUUACGUGCCCAUGAGCAUCGUCGAGCAGGGUUCGAACAUGGGCUCUGGAGAUGCAGUUAAGUCUGUUGCUUCCGGGGCCGAAGAGCCAUUGCCAGACUUGCCUGAGACGUCGAAGGAACUAUGGGAUACACUAGUCGCGUGCGUGACUAUCUUUCGAGGCGAGGAAACAGUAUAGCACUAUUGGAAGUUUGCAUACCUCGCAUAUUAUAUCUUUUUUCCAUCUUGCUUCGUACAUACUUAUUGGCCGCGGGCCAGCCACUUGCUUAUUCAGGUGCUCUAAUCUAUCCCAUCUUCUCGUCUAUGUAUAUAAAUUCUCUAAACCAUGC